AUGUCUAACCCCGAGGACGAGCCGCGCCUGCAAAUCGCGCCUGAGAAGCUCGACGAAAACAUCGUUGUUCUCAUCACCGGCGCCAACACUGGCCUCGGAUACUCGACAUGUUGCCGCCUCGUGGACGAAUUCGCCAAAUCUUAUCCAGACACCUACCGACUGACCGUCAUCUUCACCACCCGCCGUCCACCAGCACAAGUCCGGUCGACGCGCGAUGACUUGACCAAGUAUGCAUCGCGCCAUGGGGAUCAGCUCGCCAGCCGCGUGCAGUUCCUUGCCGAGACCCUCGAUCUGUUCAGCCUUCAUUCCGUUCGAGCCCUAUCGCGCCGCCUGAAUCGCAAUUUCACAAAACUCGAUGCCAUUAUCCUGAAUGCCGGAUGGGGAGGAUGGAGUGGCCUCAACUGGCCAAAGGCCGUCUUCUCAGUCCUGACAGACAUGGUGAAUGCCACAACCUGGCCUACGUAUAAACUCGCCAAGGCCGGCGUGACUACCCCAAGACAGACCCAACUGGCCGAGGAAGAGCCCCUGAGCGCGGUGUUUUGCGCAAAUGUGUUUGGCCACUAUAUGCUUGCGCACAACGUCAUGCCUCUGCUCAGACGGUCUGGAAAACCAAACGGGCCAGGGCGCGUUAUCUGGAUCAGUAGCAUCGAGGCAACGACGACGGUUUUUGAUGUUGACGAUAUCCAAGCUUUGAAAAGCGAGGCCCCCUACGAAAGCUCCAAAGCCCUGACCGACAUUCUGGCCCUGACAUCGGACCUGCCCAGCACUGCGCCAUGGGUAAAGAGCUUUCUAGCUGCCGAUUCGUCGGAAAGCGAAUCGUCAAAAGAGCCAUCCACCACCACCGGCCCACCACCUCUAAACUACCUGAGCCACCCGGGCAUUUUUGGCUCCUCAAUCGUGCCCCUCAUCAUGCCUCUAUGGUACUGCAUGCUCGCCGCUUUCUAUAUCUCGCGUCUACUCGGCUCCCCCUGGCACACGGUAACAACCUACCUCGGCGCAAACGCACCGGUCUGGCUCGCGCUCAGUCCACAAGAAAUCCUCGACGAAGCCGAAAAGCCGUAUCGCGAGAACGGCGGCGGACAUGCGAAAUGGGGGUCAUCGACAGACAGGCUUGGCCGCCCCCGUGUCGCAAACACGGAACUCGACGGUUGGGGUUAUGGUGGUGUCGUGGGCAGGCCGCCUGUUGUGCCCGAGGACCGUUCUCGUCGCCGCAAGCCGGGUAUGAAGCUGCAGACGGCUGAGGAUAGGCUUCAAUUUGAGGAGUUGGGGCGACGCUCAUGGCAGUAUAUGGAAGAAUUGCGCGUCGAGUGGGAUAGGUUGCUCGAUGUCUCCGAAAAGUCGCAAUAA